GAACACAACAUCAAGGAGGAGAAAAAGAACGAAGCACCGCCCCGCCGCCCCGAUCUGUCGACUUUCUUCACCACCCUCGAUCUCGUUGAUACCAGCGGAGACCGUCAUCCUCAGAAUGCACACUCUCUCCCUCUCCCCGGCGAUGUUUCAGCAGCCUUCCGCAGUCUUGCAAAUGCCUUCUCCAUGAUGCAGGGUGGUGGCCAUGGUCAAUCGCAAGAGAACACGGAUUCAUUGCUAGCUGGCAUGGUUGAACAGUUGAUGCAAGAGUCUGAGAAUCCUCCGAGGGAAGUCAAGGGUGUCUCGGACGAGUUUCUCGCUCAGUUAGACAGAGUGCCCAAGUCGAGCUUGAAGGACAAGGACUGCCCUAUUUGCGGCAACCCUUUCCUUGACGACCCACAUCCGCUCGUUGUUCAGCUCCCUUGCCACAAGGACCACCUCUUCGACCUCGAAUGCAUCACCCCCUGGCUCAAGUUGAACCCCACCUGCCCCCUCGACAGAAAAGAGCUGGUCAAGAAGAGAGCCCCUACACCACCUCCCGAUCAGGAAGACGGAGAAUACGAUGACAUGUAUGCAUGA